UUUACAGAACACUUUGUUGGCUUCCUGUCCUAAUAAAAAGGGAUAUGGGAACAGGAGGAUAUCAAGGCGAUUGCGACACGCUGAUUGAGACCGGCUGAACGAGACGAGGAUAAACAGACGGCCGUUGAGAGACGCAGGAGCAGGAACAGGCCCAGGAUCAGGAAAAGGAACAGGAACAGGAACAGGAACAGGAACUGCAACACAGAGAAACAGGGGACUACAAGGAAAAUGUGCAGAGGCAGCAAUUUAAGGACGUCAGCAGCGCUGGUAAACUUAUUAGCGAAAUGCACGAAGUCAACAAACGGACAGGCGGCAGUCCUCGCAGAGGAAAAGGAAUCGGAAAAUCGGGGGAAACUUGUGCCGCAAAAACAACGAGCUAAACGUCAAAACAAGCAGCAGCAGCAGCAGCAUCCACAGCAGCAGCAGCAACAGUCGCAGCAGCAGCAACGACAGGAGCCGCAUCAGGAGCAGCAUAAUCAGCGCCAGCAACAAGGACGUCAAAUAGAGCAAAUGGCAAUGGGGACAAAUGAAGAGGCGGCGGCUGCCAAGGAGCACGAACACCAGACCAAACCGACAGACUCCGAAUGCAAAGGCAAACACAAACACCAACGGCAACAGCAACGGCAACACCAACAGCAACACGGCCGAAAUCGCAAUAAUGUUGCCGGCGUACAGGAGCAUGUCCUGCGGUUGCACUUGGAGCUGCACUUGCUCCUGUGCGCCCUGAUGCCGGCUGUCCUGCUGCUGGGGCUGCUGCCCCUGCCUCCGGGCGCCGCAGCCUCGAUGACACCUUCAGCCAGGAUCUCCAGUGCCAAAGGCCCGGCACGUGAGCUCCUCUUCACCGAGAUGGGCGGAGGAGGAGUGGCCGACUCCCCCGGCGGAGCAGCAGCCCCGGCGGGCGGUGCUCCCGGCACAGGACUCGCCGCGGGAGACGGAGGGGGUGCGGCUGGCAUCGAGUGCCCCAGCUUCGACAACACCGCCUGUCCCUGCUACAAGUUCGAGGAUGGACUAUUCCUGGAGUGUCCUGGCACGACGGCGAUAUCGCUGCGCUCAACCCUCGAGCGAAUAUCGGCGCCGAUCCACUCGCUGUCCAUCUACGACUUCGACCGCUCGGUGACGUCACUAUCGCAGGACGUCUUCCAGCCCGGCGUCCACAUCCGGCACCUGCAGUUCUCCCACUCGCACCUGGAGGCGCUCAAGGACAACAGUCUGCGCAACGUCCGCUCGAGCUUGGAGUCGCUCAGCAUUGUCAAUGGCAAACUAACGCAGAUGCCAUCCCGAGCUCUAAGCUCGAUGCAAAAGCUGACGGCCCUAGAUUUUGACUACAACGAGAUCGUGCGGGUAGAGGACUACAGCUUCUACGGGCUGCGGAUCUCCAAACUGAACCUGAAGGGUAACCGGCUGCAGGGAAUGCCGGAGCACGCCUUUGCCGGGUUGGAGGAGUGCAUGCAGGAGAUAGACGUCUCGGAGAACGGACUGCGCACCUUUCCACUGAUGGCCCUCCGGAAACUGGACCACCUGCGAAUCCUGCGGCUCUCGAACAACCGGAUUCCCACCUUCUACGGGGACAUCCAGUUGGCCACAAACAAUGCCUCGGCGGCGGCGGCUGCAGUAGGUGCGUUCCAGCUGCCAUCCCUGAUUUUUCUGGAUCUGAGCUCCAAUCACUUUGCCGAAAUCGGAGACGACUGCUUCAGGGCCUUUCCCCAACUGAAGACUCUCUCCUUCUACGCCAAUCAGAUAGAGCUGGUUCAACCGGAGGCUUUCAAGAGCCUGCGUGAGCUCAUGUCCCUGGAUAUGUCACACAACAGGAUUAUAGCAUUGGAUCCCAAGGUAUUCGAGAAGAACAAGAGACUGCAAACGGUGGAUCUUAGCCACAAUCAUAUACACGCUAUUGGUGGGGUGUUUUCGGAUCUACCGCAGUUAAGAGAGGUCUUCCUGAGCGAGAACAACAUCCUGGAGCUGCCGGCAGAUGCGUUUACCAACUCCACAAAUGUCGAUGUCAUUUACCUGGAGUCCAAUGCCAUAGCCCACAUAGAUCCCAAUGUGUUUAGCACCCUGGUUAACCUCGAUCACCUGUACUUGAGGUCAAACUUCAUACCCCUCUUACCCGUGACCCUGUUUGAUAAGAGCACCAAGCUCACAUCGCUCUCCUUGGACAACAACGAGAUCCAGGACCUGGAAAUAGGCAUGUUCCGGAAGUUGGAGCACCUGCGGGAGGUGAGGCUGCACAACAAUCGCAUCCGUCGGGUAAGAAGGGGGGUGUUUGAGCCCCUGCCCUCCCUUCAGGAGUUGCACAUCCAGAAGAACAGCAUUGAGGAUAUCGAGCCGCAGGCGUUUAGCACUCUCGAAAAUAUGCAGCACAUAAAUCUGCAGGAUAAUCAGCUAACUGUGCUGGAAGAUAUCUUCCCAGACGAAAACUCCUCCCUACUUUCCGUGCAGCUGGAAUCCAACUACCUGCACAAAGUUCACCAGCGCACCUUUCGUCGGCAACAGAAGGUGCAAAUUAUGUGGCUAAAAGACAAUCAGUUGACCAGAGUGGAGAGGUCCUUCUUCGCCGAUACUCCUCAAUUAGGGAGGUUGUACCUGAGCGACAAUAGGAUACGAGAUAUAGAAAAGGACACUUUUUUGAACUUGUUACUACUGCAAUUCCUUGACUUAAGCGGCAACCAACUGAGGCAACUAAGGAGGGACUAUUUCGCACCGCUUCAGGGCCUCGAGGAACUUAGUCUUGCCCGAAAUCACAUUGAGGCCAUAGAAGGUUAUGCCUUUGCCAAGCUUAGGAACCUAAAGUCUCUGGAUCUUUCUCACAAUCCGCUGGUGCAACUAACACGAGAUGUUUUCCUAGAUGAACUGCCCUUAAACUCCCUAAAUUUGGCAAAUUGUUCACUAAGAAAACUAGAGCAACAUGCGUUUAAGUCUCUGACCAAUCUUAACGAGCUCAAUCUGGAAAAGAACCAACUGAAUCCAGCGGAUAUCCAAAAGCUAGAUAUACCAAAUCUCAGAAGACUGCUUUUGAGCCACAACAACUUCAGCUACGUCGGAUCCGUAGGCAUCAUGGCUGGAAUGUUUGAUAGACUUCGCUCCCUGCAGCAACUCUCUAUGUCCAACUGCAGCUUGGGACAAAUACCCGACUUGCUGUUUGCCAAAAACACAAAUUUGGUCAGACUAGACCUGUGUGACAACCGACUCACCCAGAUGAAUCGGAACAUCUUCAGUGGCCUGAAUGUGUUUAAGGAGCUGAAGCUCUGCAGAAAUCAACUCUCCGAGUUCCCGCACAUAGCUCUCUAUAAUCUGAGCACAUUGGAAAGCCUGGACCUAGCACGAAACGAGUUGACCUCGAUUGAUUUCUUCAAGCUAAGCGGAACCUUAAAUCUCAGGCAACUAAUCCUGAGGGACAAUAAGAUUACCGCCUUGAGUGGCUUUAAUGCCGUUAACCUAACCCAGUUGGACAGUGUGGACUUGAGCGGCAACCUACUGCUGUCAUUGCCGGCUAAUUUCCUGCGUCAUUCGAUCAAUUUGCAGAAGGUGGACUUGUCCAGCAAUCGAUUCCUGCAAAUACCCUCAUCAGCUUUGUCGGAUGUUUCCAUACCACGCCUCUCAUGGUUGAACUUGACUGGCAACCCUAUUAACAGGAUUUAUACUGUGAAGGAAGAGCGGUAUCCCUACCUAAAGGAACUCUACAUUUGCCAGACGAACCUUUCCAUACUCACGUCCAAGGACUUUGAGGCCUUCCAGGCGUUGCAGCACCUCCACUUGGUGAACAACAGAAUCACCAGAAUAUCCCCGGGCGCCUUUAAGUCACUGACCAAUCUGCUCACUCUGGACUUGAGCGUCAAUGAGUUGGAAAUGCUGCCCAAGGAGCGGCUGCAAGGACUUCGGCUGCUGCGUUUCCUCAAUAUUUCGCAUAAUACCCUUAAGGAUCUGGAGGAGUUCAGUGCCGAUCUCGCGGAGAUGCAAACUCUGGACCUGAGCUUCAACCAGCUGGACCGCAUUUCAAAGAAGACCUUCCGAAAUCUGCACGGUCUGCUGGAACUGCUGCUCAUGGGCAAUCGGAUGACGGUUCUAUCAAACGACGCCUUCCGCUUCUUGAGGAAGCUGCAUGUUCUGGAUCUGCGCAAGAAUUAUUUCGAGCUGGUGCCGUUGGAUCCCCUGAAGCCUCUGGAAACCAAUCUAAGAACCCUGAGGCUGGAGGAGAAUCCACUGCAUUGCAGCUGUGAUGCCCAGAAGCUCUGGGAAUGGUUGCGGGAUCAUCGUAAAUGGUCUCUUUCCACUGGCUCCGGCGCCGGAGGAGGAAUAGGCGGACUGACCAGAGGGCUGGGCGGCGAUUCCAUUAAUUACCUGAGGUGCGAACACCCGACGGAGCUGCGGGGCAAGGUGUUCGGCAGGAUGGAGCCGCAGCAGUUUUGCGACGCGCCGCUAAUACCCAAAAUGGCCAUCCAGGACAUUCAGCCGUACUCGGUGGUCGUGUCCUGGCAGAGCCGCGACCAUUUGGGCCUCAAUGGCUUCGAAAUUGUUUACCACGCCACUGGCGACGGGCUCGUUCCGGCCGGAUCUCCAACGAACCGUGAGCGGGAUAGUCACAGGGACAGGGUUCACGACCCCGACAGGCAGCGAAGUCGGGCGCAGCAGCAGGAGCAGGAGCAGGAGCAGCGAGCACGGGAGCGGGAGCGGGAUCGCGAGAGGGAACGGGAACGGGACAGGGAGCGCUUCCCCGUCGCCACCGAUGAGAUCCACGGCAAGCGGCUAAAUGGGACGGCCAGCUCGACCAAGCUAACCAAGCUGAGCCCCAAUACCCGCUAUCACAUCUGUGUCAUCGGGAGCGGUAAUUGGCUCUCGGAGCCGCUGGCGAACGCUCUGCAACGGCUCCAUGCCAACGAGUCCUUGCACGAGGAGGAGGCGGUGGUGAUGUCGGCGCCGCUGCCCGAGUCCUUUUCGCCCUAUCAGCACCAGCACCAGCAUCAGCACAACCGGAACUCCAAUGGCCACACUAAUGCAGGCAUGGCCCAGACCCACAGCCAGAACCAGAACCAGAACCAGAGUCCUGACCAGGACCUGGACAACGCCAUUGGUCAGGACCACGCUCUGAUGGAGGUGCUGAAGAACUCGCACAUCUCCGCCUGCACAGAUGUCCAGACACUGGACUCCACGCCCAGCUUGGUCACCGACGAGAACGGGCUCUCCAGCAAUGGCUUCAUUCACUCCAUCCUGACCAGAAGAUUGGGCCUGAUUGUGGGCUGUUGCCUGGGCAUCAUAGUGUUCAUCGUAAUGAUCUCGGUUUUGAGCUAUGUCAAGCUGAAGAAGCAGCGCAUCGAAAACGCCAAGCGGCAGGCCGCCCUGCCGCCGGAGUAUAUAUCCUACAGGCACUUCUCCAUACCCAACGAGGAGCUGACCAGGACCGCUGCCAAUGCAGGAGCAGUGGCAGCAGCAGCGGCGGCCGCGGCUGCAGCCGCAGCGAAUAAUUCGAACGCCUCCAAUAAUUCGACCGACGCGGGGAGCUCGCCGCACAUGUCCAGUGUGCCCAGCGGCAUUAGUGCGCACAUCAGCGGGACCAGCCUCAGCACAGGUGGCACGGGCACGGGCACCGGCUCCACCACCACCACCGCCACCGCCACCACGCCCAUCGGGGGCGUGCCAAUUGUUGGCCUGCCUCUGGGCAAGGCGGGAGCUCCCCUUGUGGGCGUGGGCUUGGUGGUGGCCGACGCUCCUGUGGACGUAGGGCACGCCCACAACCACAACCACAAUCACAACCACGCCCACGCCCAUGCCCACGCCCACCGGCCGAAUAACGGUUACAUGGCGGCCGGCGUGGUGCUCAAUACAAACCACUUGAGCGUGUGUUAGUCGCUCCACCAGAAGGAUUAAGUAAAUACUAGAAGCGUGGGAGCAGUUGCCGCGUGGGGUGCUAGCUUCUAAAACAUAUUUUCUGCACUUCACCCAAUUCCACAUUCAGCUUGAAACCCAGCCUUUAGUGAGCCUUUUCAAAAGUCCUUUUCAAAAAUGAGAGGCUUUCAAAAAUUAACUUCCCUUCUGAAUACCGCUAUUUCCCAACGACUGUCUCUCUUAAGGCUCAUCUCUCAACUAUCUGUAGCAACUAUCCAUUUAGAUGCGCAGAGGAUUGCUUGGAACAAAUAAUUUAAGUGUUACAUCACUUAUUUGUACUUAUGCGAGUGUGAAAUUGGUUUCAAUCAGCUAACGAUUAGAUAUGUGUAUUGCUUUACAAAACGUUAAAGCGCAGCAAGCACGGCGGUUCUGUACAUCCAACCCAACUGAAAAUAGUGAAACAUAAUCGCUUACCCAUUCGAGAAUAAAUGAGUUAUAAGAGGAUCUACCAGCGCCUGUGCAGGCUGCAUUUUUUGACAUUUAACACUCAAAUCCGCUUUUAAUAAUUAAAUGGAUGGCGUGAUUUAUUGGAAUUUAGAGUGAUUUCAUCCACUUCAGCACCCCUUUCAAAUCAAAUCUGCAAUCCCUAAAAAAGCGAGCAAAAACUCGCAUAUUUCAUAUUCCAAAUGGAGUCAAAAACUUUUACCAACCAGAACAAGCGUAAAGCAGUUUUAUGUUUUUCAAUGUGCCCACAUGCAUUUAAUUUACGAUAGGAAAACAAAAAAAAGGCAAAAGAGAUAAAUAUAGAAAAAUGAAGAAAAUCUAGGUUAGUGAUAAUUACGAUGAUGCGUUCAACGUUCGUUUAGUUAUGACAAUUGAAGGUAGAGCACAGUGCGAAAAUCGGAGGGCAAUGUGGAGUUUUCAAUGUAAAUAAUGUGGAAUCAAAGCAAAAUCUCAGCCGUAAAUGUUGAAUCUAAAUCAAACUAAGCUCUAUAUAAUGCUAUCUAUAAGAAAUACACACAUGGCCGUAAAGAUAUUUAAAUAUACACAUAUACCUGUAAUGGAAAUCACACAUGCAGAAAAUUUUUUUUGAACUAGACUUAGUGAAUGAAUAAUGUAUGAGCGGGUUUUUGUGUUUUUUUUUUUUAGACCGAACGCUGAGAAAUCAAGAAUAAACUAGUUAUAUAAAACAAUACAAAAGCGGCAAGACAUAUUACCAAAAGUAACUAAAUAAUUAUAAAAAGAUAAACAAUAACAUUAACUAGUUUAAGUGCAGACCCCAAAGUAUGCAUAAUUGUUAGCAGAACUCAAAGAGUUUCAUAUACAUAUAU